UUUGCGCAGAGGAGGAAUCGAAGUGAGAAGCAGGCAUGGAUCUUCUCUGCGACGCGUAUGGCAAUGCGUCUGAUGAUGACCAAGAUCAACCGAAACGUCAGAAGCUUGCGCCUUCUUCCUCCAACCCGCCAAAACCCUAUCUUCCUCCUCCUAUCGACCACUGCUCGCAGCUCCAAACGGAAUCUUCGCUUCCUGGCAGAUAUAUUUCCAAGCGACAAAGGGCACUUUUAGCCGUUGAUCCCACUGUUCCCGACCCACCUCUGGUCUCGCCUUCUGUAACAUUAUCUGGAAGCAUCUUGGAUAACGAUAUACCUCCUAGCAUCUUAUCAUUGUUGAGAAAUAAAGCUAGAAGUUGUCAAAAUCUUAACCUGAUACCUGAAAGGCUAUCUGUGACUCUGUCUGGCCAUACAAAAGCUGUCAAUGCUAUACAAUGGUCUCCCCCUUAUGCUCAUCUCCUUGCAUCUGCCGGGAUGGACCAUUUGGUUUGCAUUUGGAAUGUGUGGAAUAGAGAUCAAAAGAAAGCACGUGUAAUAAACUUCCACAACGCAGCAGUGAAAGAUGUGAAAUGGUCUCAGCAAGGGCACUCUCUGCUUUCUUGUGGAUAUGAUUGCAAAUCAAGGCUGAUUGAUGUCGAAAAGGGGUUAGAGACUCAGGUGUUCAGUGAAGAUCAAAUUGUCGGAGUUGUAAAGUUUCAUCCAGAAAACUCAAACCUCUUUCUUUCUGGCGGUUCAAAGGGCCAUAUUAGAUUGUGGGAUAUCAGGACUGGUAAAGUAGUCCAUAGCUUUAAUCGCAACUUAGGUCCAAUUUUGGAUGUUGAGUUUACAAUCAAUGGGAAGCAGUUCAUUUCUUCCAGUGAUGUAUCUGGGAGUAAUGUCAGUGAGAACUCCAUUACUGUUUGGGAUGUGUCCAGACAGGUUCCGUUAUCUAAUCAGGUUUAUGUUGAAGCUUAUACCUGUCCAUGUGUGAGGCGCCAUCCAUUUGAGUCUACUUUUGUUGCCCAGUCAAAUGGGAAUUACAUUGCAAUUUUUGCAACAAACCCCCCUUUCAGGCUAAACAAGUACAAGAGGUAUGAAAGCCACGGGGUCUCCGGGUUCCCCAUAAAGUGCAAUUUCAGUUUGGAUGGGAAGAGGCUUGCUUCUGGUUCUUCAGAUGGUUUUAUUUAUCUUUACGAUUAUCAGUCAUCUAACGUUGUAAAGAAAAUCAAGACCUCUGACCAAGCAUGCAUAGAUGUCGUUUUCCAUCCUGUUAUACCUAACGCUAUUGCUUCAUGCUCCUGGGAUGGAAGCAUUUCAAUAUUUGAAUAGAGCUGCAAACUAU